CUGUCCGUUUCUCUCUGCUUUCAGACAUUCAGGCGAGAUGGUAAAGACCUGUUCAUGAACCACAAGCUGGGGCUGGUGGAGGCGCUGUGCGGUUUCCAGUUCAUGCUCAAACACUUAGACGGGAGACAGAUCGUUGUGAAGUACCCCGCUGGCAAAGUCAUCGAACCAGCCGCAGUCAGGGUGGUGCGAGGAGAGGGCAUGCCACAGUACCGUAACCCCUUUGAGAAGGGAGACCUGUAUGUCAAGUUUGAUGUCCAGUUCCCAGAGAAUAACUGGAUCAGCCCCGAGAAGCUUGUGGUACGAUAUUACCUCUUUAACUGUUCACUAUCAUCUUUUAGCAUUCUUUGGCUCAUUACAGUGUGUAGAAAUACAUAUUCAGAACAGCUUUGAGCUCCAUCUAAUGCUGCAUACUCCAACAGUGUUGUUUAUAACGUGUGUACUUAUCAUGACGUAUGGAGUCAGAGUUAGAGCUAGACAUCCCAGAAUGAUUUAGCAACCUCAGCAGCAACUCAAAUCUUAAACACACAUUUAGAUUUCCCUCUGAAGCGUUUCUUUGUAGAUUUGCAUAAGGGAAACUGUACAAUAAGCUUUUGGCUCUAGUCUUUCUUCCUUAAUGUACAGUGAGCAUACACACCUCACCUUCUGCAUUCAUAUCAUUUCUAAUGUAUUAUUGAAAGGCUGGAGAUUAUAAAUGCAGCUGAAUGUAUACAAUUAAUUCAAGGAUUAGCUAUUUUGUUUAUGGAUAAGGUCAUUGUUUGAGCACUUGCAUUCAUAUGGAAACACUUUUUAUUCUCCUAUAAGAUGUGGAACUCUGAGUGUUAAAGGUCCCAUGUCAUGCGUUUCUGGUUAUUA